CACUCCGGCAGACGAAGACGACCCACUUCCAAACGGUAUCCUCCGACGUCGCGCGGCGUGGCGGCUGGUCUCGGUCAGUUGUGUUCAAAGUGCGCUCGCGGUUGUGCUUGCAGUCUCCGGCCGGCGCCCGCUCCGCCAUGGAGCAGCCUUCCAAGAUGUUGGACAGUAGGCAUCUACGCGUAAUCUGGUUCCUGAUAGUAUUCCUAUCACUGAUGAAGAGCGUCUACUCGGAGGAGUCGUCGGAGAACGGGACGGAGGCGGGGGCCAAGUUCCUCUACUCGGUCAUCGGGAAGAUGCACGGGGAAUCCCCCACAAAUACCAAAGUCUUAGAUUUAAUCCUCGACCGCGUCGAGACCAAGCUAGGCGCCUCCGGGCCCGGCCCCUUCCCCGGACCCACCGGGCCCACCGCCCCGGAGGAUUUUAGGAUAGUCGCCCCGACGCCUUUAACUUAUCAUGACGAGAAUCAUGACAAUCAAAAUAUCAACAACGAGAGGUAUCCACCGUAUCCCACCGCACCUUCGGGCCCCUCGAACGCGGGUCAAACUGCCCCAGGUUAUGGGCCCGCGGAUCCGCAUCCAAGCGGGGCUCCCGGGUUUCAGGGCCAGCAGGGCCAGCAGGGUCACCAGGACUCCUGGAUCCCACCCUUGAGCAAGGACGAGCUCAUGGCCCUCUAUCAAGCGGCCAUCCAAAAGGGCAACGCCGUCAAUCUCAACAGUCUCCCGCCGCUCGGCGUCCAUCAGAUGCUCCCCACCGGCCCCGGCCAGGACGCCGCCUAUCAAAACCAAAAUUAUAAUAAUAAUCAUCAUCUGCCCAAUUAUCAGCAGAAUGAUAUCAAUUACAACCAUGCCAACCCUCAAGGUCCGCUAGGCCCUCAAGGUCACUUAGGGCCUCAAGGCCAUUUAGGUCCUCAAGGUCAUUUGGGUCCACAAGGUCAGCAGCCGAUCCGGCCGACGGACGUGGGGACGGUACCCGGCUACCAGUACUUCUUCUACCCCAUCUCCAGUUUCGCCGGCAACGGGAACGGCCAAGACCAGCAGGGCAACGAUCUUAUGAUGAUGAUGUUCCAGAAGACGGGUCUCAAGAAGAAGGUGGAGCCGCUGUUCCUGGCCAUGGCCGGGUUCGUCGGGAUGGCCAUGGUCUUCAUCGUGUCCGUCCUCUUCCUGCCGAAGAUCAGCAACCUGGCUCACCUGGGACACUUCCGGGACAAGGUGACGCCGCUGAUCGGCUUCAACAAGCAGGCCCCGCAGGAGUUCACCAAGUUCUCCAAGUUGGUCAUCGAGUCCAUAGAGGGCAAGGAUUGCACCGAGAGGCUUACCUGCGAGGUUGGCCGGGCCUUCAGGUCCAUGCAUAUAGGAAAUAAAUCAAUCAGGUUUAUGGAGGUGAUGUUACCGCCGAGUAUGGCUGAGCCAUUAGCCAAAUUAAGGAAGUCGUACAUAAGAAGAGAGAAGUGCCAUUACAUUCCAUGUAGAAAAAAUACUAGUAUUAAAAAGAAUGAUUUUAGUAAAUUUCAGCAAUUCAAACCAAAACCAAAAAUAAAACCGCUCCAGAUUCAGGAAAAAAACAUCAAAGUAAAAUCAAAUAAGCAUUAAA